AUGGUAUAUGGACUGAAUGGCUAUUGUACCAACUGGUUAUUAAAUGAUAUGGUGAGUGGACGAAGUGGCAAUUCGACCAUGUGGAUAGUGAACGAACUGAUGGUAGACCAAAUGAUAGUAGACGAGUUGAAUUCAUCCUUGAAUAAAAACAAGAAUGUGUGUAGGCCCACUGAUGAAGACUUUGUUCAGAAGAAGAAGAAGUUCCGUCUCCUGCACCUUCUUGGAAUCCUGUAUGCUGCCCUCAGGUUUCUUGGAGAACCAGUCUUGGUCUCGGACCUCGUCAGAUGGGUUUUGGAUGGUCACCUGCCUUUCUAUGGAACCAGCGAUGUCCUACCUAAGGACAUCACAAGCAAGUUUGAUUCUUCUGGUACUCAUGUCUUCCUUGUGGCUCAACCAGAUCUGCUUUAUACCUCUAAGCUUCAAGAGCCAGUCUCUCAUGUUCUUAGUGUGGUAGAUAUUGAUCUACCAGCCUUUAAUCACCUAAAGCUGGACUUUGUCAUUGGUCGAUUUAUCUCAUCACUCCAUCUACCAGCAUCAUUCAGUCAAAUCACCCAUCAUUUGAUAACCAAAUACCCAGCCACCGUCGAUCAUCCACAGAAUAAAAAGAAAAAGAAUAAAAAGAAACAAUUUGAGAUAGAGGAAGGUCCAGCUUUGGCUUACAUCAUAGUCGCUAUGAAACUUCUAUUCGGAUUGGACGGACACACUGAGGUGCUUUCUUCAGAGAUUGGAAGAAUCGUCAGGAACAAACUACCUGCAGGUAGCAAGGUUGUCCCAUUUAUAUUUGAGGAGUGGAUGGCUAGUGAAAAACUGAGGGCAAAACACCACCAGAUCAAAACCAACAUUUUCAGCCAUCAGGCAUGCCGAGAGGCGAGGGACAUUUCAAGAUUCAUCGAUCAGCAUUCCAAGUCCUUCCUACUCAACUCAAAAAGAGAAACACUGUACAAAGCCCAAAAGUACCAAGGUCAGAGCCUUGGAAGUGAGAUGCAGCGACCAUUUAUGAAAGUCAGAGAUCAAGGUGAACAAAGUGGCCAGCCAUGUAUUCCUGAUGCUCCAAGCAGCUUUCCAUACCCCUGGAAUGGUCUUGACCAGAGAUCAAGAGAAUCCAACAGCACGGAGUCUGGUACUGGAAUAGGUCAUGGUGCUAUGUCCACUGCUACCAGUGAUGUGCACUGGAUCUCCAAGAAAUAUCUUGCUUCAUGCAACUUCUCGAGGAGCAGCGUGGACUACCUUGUGAAUCUCGCCAAGUUCUGCAAGAAGAACGAUUUGGAUCCGGAAAGCGUAUUGAGCGAUGAUAGACUGACGAAGAUCAUGUCAGAGAAGAAGGCAGAGUCUGACGCUGGUGGGAGUGAGCAAAGAGGAGGGAAGAGAAAGAAAGCUGGAAGUAACGCUGUAGGCAAAAAAAAGACUCUAGGUCAUCAAGAUGAUGAUUCUGACCCAGCUACAGCUUCCGAAGGCACAUCAAAGGGCACCAGGACAAAGAGAAAGAGAAUAAGAACAGAAGAGGACAAUACUGGAAAUGGAAACCUAAGAAAGGCAAUGAAAGAGGCAGGAUCUGACUCCAUGAGCCGAAGUAAUGUUGAGGAACUACCCUAUGAGCAAUGGAAACAAAUGGUGUUAUCAAGGACAGAGGAAGCAGAAGGCAGUAAGGACAAUCCUGGUAAGUCUCCCACAGGACUUGUUUCCCACAGCGUCUCCUACACCAGGUACAAGCCAGUCAGUGUUCAGCAAGCCAAGGCUAGUAUGUAUCGAGACGGUGAACCAGCAGCAUGGAGGCCGUUCCAUCGGUCGUACCAGUGGCUUCUAGAGCACUGUGCUGCCCUCGUGAGACUAGACUGGAUGUACAUUCAUGAAGCAGUGGCUGCAUUAGAAAAUCGGAUAUUUGAUUUGAAGGACCACAAAAUAUCAACCCAUUGAUAACUGGAUUCUGUAAUAUCCGUAGGGACUACUUUGUGCUGAAUUCAUGUCAUGUAGCCCUCAACAAGAAUUAAGUAAACAGCAAAAAGGAUUUAAAAUUUGGUUUUGGUGUUUGCAUCGAAAGGACAAAUCAGAUAGCUGUCCCUAUCUUCAACACCUACAUCAUAUAACAUCUCAACUUCUAGUGUGACCAUCUCAGCAUUGGCUUCAGAUAACAUUUGGUGCUGUUUUGAUGUAAAAAUCAGGCCACCACCACCAAUACAAUAAUAUCAGCACGAAGCUUGAAAUCAUUUAUUGUUGACAGGGCUGCUCGCAAGUCAGCAAUAAAACGAAGAGCUUCCUUUUAAGGUGUCAAACUAAAUCUCCCUUGCUGUUCUCCAAUAUAAAGGUUUUGGUUGAUGGGGGCAGGAAGGGAGAUGAUCUAUUGUUUUGAGCCUCAAUUAUUAAGACAUUUUCUGCCAUGAAGUAAAGGCCCUGUCACAUCUUCCCAUGUAAGCCUUGCGGGUGAGUUGCAGGUGAUUGCCCGCAACUCACCCGCAAAAAUGUUUUGAGCAUGUUCAAAACUUUUCUGCGUGCCAAUCAGACUUGCAUGCGCAUCUGCUUGUGAGAUGCGUGCGGGAUACUCUCAUUGCAGGCGACCUUUCGGGUAGCAAAAAUAGUUACCCGCAAGUCACACGCAAGGCUUGCAUGGAACGAUGUGACUGGGCCUUCAUAAAUGUACUUGAGAAAGUUGUUCAAACUACUUUUCCAAACUUUAAUUUAUUCUUGACACAAGAAGCCUCUUUAAUAGGUUCUAUUAUUACAGGAAAGAGUACAAUUUGCAAUAAAAUAUUGAUACCCCAACGAUGCAAGCAAAUCGACCACACACAACUUCCUGUUGUCAUUUUAUCAACUGUGGUUUUUGAAAACCUGAUAGUUUGUCAGAGGAUUGACAGAUAUGGCAACAAGCGAACCGAAUCCCGAUAUCCGUAGUUCUGUCAUUUAUGAAAUAUGAUGUGUUGUGAACUGGCAGACGUUUACGGUACAUGUUCGGAAGGGGUUUCGACGGGCUUGUAAUUUUUAUUUUCUUUAGUCUUUCUCUAGCCUUGUCAUCAUAACAGACAUCAGAUAUCAUUGUACCUAAAUAAAAUAAACCAAAACCGAUUUCCCUGUGAAUAACCUUCGUUCAGGGGGAAAUGGACUUGGUUUUUUUUUCAGGCUGAGUCUGGCUAAGACCUAUCGUGGAUAAACCGCACCCCCAACUUUUGCUUCUAUCCCGCCAAGAAAAGGGUGCGGUUAAUAGACCGUUACGUUAGUAAAAAGAUAAAAGAUCUAUCUGAUUAUCUUAAUUCAUUUUCUUUAUAAAUACCGGUAUUGCAAAAUUAUAUUACAGAAUAAACCUGUAAGAGCAGUAUAUCCUCAGAGUUAUGGGUGACAUUGGCAAGGGUCUCUGGAAAAAUAUAUGAUCACCCAAGUUAAAUUUGCAAAUAACUGAAAGGUGCUUGUAGAAGGAUUAUCUGUAUAAAAUACAGAGUUUGAAUUUAUUACUUGUGAGAUAACAUGAAACACCGGUGGAUCAUUUUGUGAUACAGAAUAUAUUUUCAUGAUUAUUUAUUGUUUUACCCGAAGCACAUUUGUGAAUAAAAGUUAUUUAUACCAUAUUUCAUCUGUUUUUACCAGAAGCCACAUUUGUGAAUAAAAGUUAUUUAUA